AUGUCUGACGAACAAAAUAACGAUUUACAAAAUGAUAUAUUAAGAUUAUAUAGUUCUACAGGACACGAAUUUGUUCUCUCUAGAAAGAUGUCAUAUGUUUCUGGUACAAUCAAAUCUAUGCUUGGUGGAGACAAUUCAAACUUUAUUGAAGACCAAAACAGUGAAAUUAGAUUCAGAGAAAUCUCUACUGCUGUUCUUGAAAAGGUGAUUCAAUACUUUUAUUUUAAGAACAAGUAUACCAACAGUACUACCGAUCUUCCAGAAUUCCCAAUCAACGAUAAGAUUGUUGUAGACUUGUUACUCUGUGCUCACUUUUUGGACACAUAA